AUUCACAGUUGAAUACCACUUUUCCGUCAAACAGUCAAGGAUGCUAUCUAAGAAAAUUUUUUCUAAACUUGUAAAUAUUUCCUAUUUUUGUAAUUGUUCCUAUAGUUUUUUUAUCAGUUUAAGAUUAUCAGUAAUCAGUAUUAUUGUUAAUAUUACCUAAACAUUCUUCUCUCUUUUCGUUUAAUCCAAAUUGAACUGACUAACAUGUGUUCUGACCUUCACGCUAUAGGUUUCAACAGCUUCGGCAUGCAGUCGGAGAUCCAUGUCCGACAAAUCUCGCCUGGUUACUCUAAUUCCUGGUGAUGGAAUUGGACCAGAAAUAUCUAAUUCGGUUAAGCAGAUAUUUGGUGCAGCCGGCGUUCCUAUCACGUGGGAAUCAGUCGACGUGACUCCUGUUAAGGGCCCAGAUGGGAAGUUUGAUAUUCCACAAAAUGCAAUCGACUCGGUCAACAAAAAUCAUGUUGGGCUAAAAGGCCCUUUGGCAACUCCAGUAGGGAAAGGACACCGCUCUCUUAAUUUAGCUCUGAGAAAAGAAUUUAAUCUGUAUGCCAAUGUAAGACCAUGUAAAAGUGUUGAAGGCUACGAAACUGCUUACAAAGAUGUAGAUAUCGUUACCAUUAGAGAGAAUACUGAAGGAGAAUACAGUGGAAUAGAGCACGAAAUUGUUGAUGGUGUUGUACAAAGUAUUAAAUUGAUCACAGAAAAUGCUUCAAGAAGAGUUGCAGAGUUCGCUUUCAAAUAUGCCAGAGCAAAUAAUCGCCGUACUGUUACAGCCGUUCACAAGGCAAAUAUUAUGAGAAUGUCUGAUGGCUUAUUUUUAAAAUGUUGCCGUCAAGCAGCUGAGAAGAACAGGGACAUAACAUUCAAAGAAAUGUAUUUGGAUACUGUAUGCUUAAACAUGGUGCGCGAUCCGACUCAUUUCGACGUUCUUGUUAUGCCCAACUUGUAUGGAGAUAUAUUAUCAGAUUUGUGCGCUGGUCUUAUCGGCGGCUUAGGCGUAACUCCUUCCGGAAAUAUUGGAGAACAGGGAGCUAUUUUUGAAUCUGUACAUGGUACUGCUCCAGACAUCGCCGGGCAAGACAAGGCCAACCCAACUGCUCUCUUACUCUCGGCCGUCAUGAUGUUGCGCUACAUGGAAUUUUAUGAACAUGCUGAUCGUAUAGAAAGAGCUGUAUUUGAAACUAUCAAGGAAGGACAAAAAUUGACUGGUGAUUUAGGAGGUUCAGCAAAAUGUUCGGAAUUCACGGACGAAAUAUGCAGAAAAGUCGACAACUACUAG